AUGUCCCAACCACCACCAGCUCAAAACACAACGGUUCGUCAUUCUAGCCCCAGGGUUCCAGAUAUGAUUAUCAAUGGAUGUCUUUUUUCGAUCUUUUCUUUAGAAACGCCAUCACAACGUGCUGAGAGACUUAGAAUUCAAGCCCGCGAUAAUAAGAGAGCUUCACGGAAGAGAAAGGCUGCCAUAGGUACAUCAACGUUUCAGAAAAUCUCUAAAAACUCUCCAAGCUCUGUAACCCAAACUUCAAAUCUAAUGAGUCCCAGUGUUCAAAGCCGUGAAAUUCCAUCUUCACAAGUUACAUCAACUGUUUCUGCUCCUACAACUCCUUCCACGACAACAAACAGUGCUCUUGAAUCUUCUUCCACAACAAAAAAUGUCUCUCCUGCACCCUCUGACACACCACUAUAG